AUGCAAGAAAGAAGCAAGGAAUCAGCGAAUCAAGCUGUAGUUCUCCUCUUGAUUCAGUGGAGAAGGUCGCUGGAUAUUUGUUCAGUGAUUACUAGAGAGGUUUUUCAAGACGGAUUCGAUGUCAGUGAGAGGGUCAGAUCUUUGUUGGGGGAGUCGAGAGAAGAUAUCAAGAAUCUCAUGCUAGUGUUUAAAGAUAACUGCGACCAAGAACUGUCUGAUCCAUGGAGUAAGCUAACUCUUCUUAUCGUCAUCAGCGGUGAAAUUUUUGCCGUGGCUUUGGCGAAUGAAGAGCAUCACCAGAAGCAGGAAGUUAUGAAGCUGCUUUACACAUUGGCUGAAGAUCUCUGCUCUCGGAUUACAAAGCUACCUAAGGGAAGUUGGGUGAGUGAAAAAUGAUAUUCAAUUUUACUUAAAAUAAACUGAAACAGGUGUAGCUAUUUUUUGUAGUGUUUUUAUUUUUUGUGUAUAAAUGAGCUUCUCGAGCCUUUCUCACUGCAUCGCUGUUGCUGCGUAUGAGUUCAAGUGGGAUUAGAAUGACGUCGUUGAUCGGAAUGUCCAGCUUGAUUAAAAUGUAAGGAGACACGAGUGGGAUCACUGAGUUGCUGGUGGUUCGAGAUGGAUCGGCGGCGUUCUCCAAAUCGUUCAUUUAGUUGACGUUAAUGGUCUCUCCGAUGCACUGACAUUUACAUUUGUUGCAUUAAAUUAAGUAGAUAAGAUUUUUGGAUUUGCAGGAUAAGUAGUCAAUGAUUUUUCUUUGUUCAAUAGUUGCGGUAAAAUGUAAUUUGCUAGGACUUCCUGGAGAAAAGGACAGGUGAGACAGCGUGGAUGGUUGCAUUUGUAAACUCCGGCAGGUUGUUGCGUGUGAGGUGUGUUGCUGUGUAGCGUGCAGUGUACCAAAAGGUCACGAAGGCUUGCGUGACGUAUGUAAGCAAUAACGGGCUGCACAGGGAAUGAGUCCAGUAGAAAGCCCAGUCAACAAGCGCUUGUAUCAAUUUAGUUAAUUUUUCCAGGUAAACGUUCGGUUUAAAUAUUAUGUUGCAACCAAGGUUUGUGUUUUCAGUUAAAAAUUGGUUCUUUAAUAUAAUUUUUCAGGAAGAGUCAUGCGACUAAGUGCAGAAGCAAUACCAUCUUGUUUACAAUCACUCUCAGGCUAGCUCAACGUCGGAUGCGGACGCCACUGACCUGAUUGUCAAAAAAGAAAAAGCGGAGUCCAGCACUUGAGGGAGACUACCUUUUUCUCGUAGAAAAGAAAAAUGAACAAAAAAAAGCGAAAAACAAAUGUUGCGGAAUCGUAGGGAAGAAAGUGAACAGAGGUUUGUUAUUUAGAACAUCAUUUUUUUUUAACCCAGUGUUGAUGCUUGCCGCGCGGUUAGAUUACGUUUGGGUCAGGUGAACAAUAUGAAAAUGGCUCAUGAAGUUACGACGAAAAGUAAGGACCUAAACAUCAUGAGGAAAUUACGAAAUAUACGAAAAAAAGAAAUUCUGAGAUUGUGUAAGUGUUAUCACUUUCUUAACAUGAGAUGAGUCAUUAUUAUUGUUGCCGUGAUCCAAAGAAAGUUUACGCGAAAGAUAGGACAGAAAAAACAACAACAACAAAUUAAAGACACAGCAAAAGCAACAAUAAUGAUUAAAAAAAAUACGAGAAACACAAAAGAAACACAAAACCUGAAAACAUAUUAAGAGAAACAGAAUGCAAUAAACAAAAUAACUGCAAAUCUGAGUGGCGGGUAGGAUUUGCACGAAAAAGGGAAGAGGACAGAAAAAAAUAAUAACAAUAAAGAAUUGUCAUUACGUCUAGUUACAUACUCAGAUGUUACAAGGAGUAUUAACUUAAAAGAUAAAGGCUGGGACGUUUGCAUAAAGUGUAUUGGUUGUUUCGUUAUAAUAUUAACAGUUGUACCAAUUUCCGCUUUUUGGAAAUGUGACGGCUGUGCCUGCUCCUAAAAGCAUUAUGGUUUCCAUUUGAUAGAAAUGAUCCUUUCAGCGGUUGUAAUAUUGCCGGUAUAUGGUGAAUUAACGAAUCAAGAGAUGUUUUACAACGCUUUGUGAUUGGCUUAUUUCAGGCCACUUUAUUAGCCAAUCCGGCAAAAGAAUGACCUAAAGCAAUCUUAUUACCAAUCAAUUGUUAACACUUUUAAUUAAUCAAAAUUAAUUAAUUAAAUUACUCUCCUUGAGAGAAAAACGAAACAAAACAAAACAAAACAAAACAAAACAACGCCAAAAAAAAGGAUUCUAGAACAUAUACAUUAUUACCUGCAGGUAACAGUCAGCUGAAUAGUAUUGAAACAGCAUCCUGUUACCUACAGAAUAUUGACACAUGAAAAGCACAAAUUUUGGCUGUCUAAACAACUUAACUUAACUUAACUUAGUACGGUCUGAAGAUUACUAUCGAGGCCAAUAAGAAAGUAGUAAACUUCCUUGACGUCACACUUAACCUGGCUAACGGAAAGUACUUGCCAUACAACAAACCAGCAAAAAUUCCACCCUAUGUCAACAAGAAAUCUAACCAUCCACCCUGCAUCAUCGAAAACAUCUCAAAGUCCAUUAACAAAUGGCUGUCCGAAUUCUCUAUAGAUGAAGAUUCCUUUAGCAAAGCGGCGCUUCUUUACCAGAAAGCUCUCGAUGACAGCGGGAACAAUCUCAGUUCCUACGGCACAGUCUCCGAAAUCUGGAAGAGGGAACCGCCAUAGAGACAUCAUUUGGUACAACCCCCCUUUCAGCAGGAAAGUGGCUACUAUCACAGCCAAUUUUUUCUGAAGCUUCUCAAACGGAAUGACGCCAUCCAUUUUAUUUUCCAAACGGAAUUUCUGGUUUUUUAAUAUAAAUGGAAUAAAAUUACCCCUGGUUACGGCACCUUGCACCUCCCUAACGUGUGAUUAUUAUUACUAAUUGGCCUUCAGGCAAAAUGUACUAAACACUGGUUCCCUGGAUUAUUUUUAAUAAACGAAUGUCAAAGAUGUCCUCCUUUAGUAAGGGGUUAAGAUUCUUGGGUAUAAAAGGACGAAAUACCUUCCUUCAAGCAGUCAAGACGAACGGACGGACGAACUUACAAAUCUGUUGAUCAUGGCAAAAUCACUUAUGUCCAGAAAUGCACGCAACGGCGAAAAUGGCAAACAUGGCAAAACUUUGCGUGAAGUAAAAGGCGUUUGGAUAUUUAUAGAAAGAACUGCCUGGACAGAAUUCGAUGUGAGAUCAAGAGAAAGACGUUAGUUCUUCUUGAUAUCUAAUGGGAGAAAGAGGUGAAGAAUGGUGUCAUGCUCGGCUGAGAUGAGUCUUCGCAAUCAAGUGCAUACUAUCGGCUGGGAUAUGAAACAGUUAAGUCCACGCUAUUUUUCUGAGAGGCUGGAAGUAGAUAAAGAUAAUAAUAAAUUAGACUAGCGGUUGCAACACAGACUCGCAAGGGGGUGUUGGUGAAUCUAGCUUAGGGAUCCGGCCCCAACGAACAUUUUUUACAUGACUACAGUCGUGUAAGUAGGUUUUGCUGUUUUGGGAAAUGUCAUGUCCGUUUCAUGUCUAUUGUGUUGCAUGGUAUGCAAAGUUUCGGGGUAUAAAAGGUCAGGUGUCUUCUAUUCGCUUUCUUUUCAGACGCCAUGCAACCCGCCACCGCCAAGACUUUGACAGACGAACUUCGACAAGCUUAUCAGUAUGUUUUGCUCCAGAUUUCCAAAGAUCUGGAUAGAGAACAUACAAAAAGGUUUCGUCGCUUAUGUACUGAACAUAUUUCGAAGACUAACACUGAAAUUUUAUCAAUCUUUCGUUGUUUAGAGCAUGAAGGGCUACUUUCGUGGGAAGAUUUUAAUUACCUGAAGGACUUGAUGUGUAAAAUUCGAAGGAUGGACAUCGUAAAAAAGGUGACUGAAUUUGAAAUCAAAAGAGAUCUAAAAAUACUUCUGGAUUAUUAUGCAAGAAAGAGACAAGGCCAAGACUUAAGUUGUUGUUCCCAAAAUGUUAGGAGAGUAGCAGGAUAUUUAACGAGGCUAACUGACAAAGUUCGGGAUCGAGUUGAUGUCACCAACAUUAUUUCCUCUGUAAAAUCGAGCAAAGACAUCAGAAAUGUUCUGGGCGAGUUUGAAGAGGAAAUGUAUUGUGGAAAGCAAAAAUUUUCGUGGGAUGAAUUCAUGAUGCUUGUUGUCAUCGCUGGAGAACUCUUAGCCAUUGCUUUAGCGAGCGAAACCCGUUCGCAUUUUGCCAUGGAGUUGUGUUCUACCGCAGCAGAUGAACUCUGUCCACGAUUGAUGGAACUCAAGGGAAAUUGGGUACGUUUUAGUUAA